AUGCUGAGGCUACUGAUCAUUUGGGCAGCGAUCUUGGGCUGCUGCCAUGGGCAGUCCGAAGUGUCCCGGAGGAACAGCCGGCUGAGGGUGAUGUCACCGCCGGAGCUCGAGGGCACAUACGGCUGUGCCAGCACCGACUUCGGUUUCCCGCAGCACGGUGGCUCCAUGACCGGCGUGGUCGUCUACCCAAGGCGCAACACGAUGGCCUGCACGAGCUUCGAUGACUUUGGCAUCUCUCUCCGUUCUCGCCCAGCCGGCGCGCUUCCUGUUAUCUUGCUCGUCGACAGGGGAGAAUGUUACUACACAACCAAGGUGAGGAAUGGGCAGAAAGCAGGAGCAGCAGCAGUUCUUCUUGUUGAUCAAAUAACUCAACCAUUAUUUACAGUCGACAAAUCAGAAAGCAGCCAGGCAACAAAUGAUUUACAGGAUGUCACCAUUCCUUCAGCACUUAUAACCAGAAGCCUUGGGAACAGUCUCAAGAAAGCAAUUGAUAAUGUCGAUUUGGUUAAUGUAAGCUUCAACUGGGGGGAGUCCCGAUUGUACCCUGAUGAGCGUGCUGAGUAUGAAUUCUGGACAAACAGUAAUGAUGAAUGUGGUCCAAAAUGCGAUAGCCAGGUUGAUUUCCUAAAGAGAUUUAAAGGUGUAGCCCAGACACUUGAGAAGAAGGGCUACACGCAGUUCACUCCUCAUUACAUUACUUGGCAUUGCCCAGAGAGUUACCAAAAUAGCAAAAUGUGCAGGUCCCAAUGUAUCAACUAUGGGAGAUAUUGUGCACCAGACCCGGAACAACAUAGGUAUGAUGGGUGCGAUGUAGUGGUUCAGAAAUUACAUCAACUUUGUGUGUUCAAAGUUGCAAAGAGGACUGGGAAGCCUUGGUUAUGGUGGGACUAUGUGACUCAUUUUGCUAUUAGGUGCUCAAUGAAGGAAAUGAACUACAGUAAAAGAUGUGCUGACAGAGUAAUCGAAUCACUUGGCCUUAAUCAAAAAGAGGUUGACAUGUGUGUUGGUGAUCCUUCCGCGGACGAGGAAAAUCCUGCGCUAAAAGCUGAACAAGACACACAGAUUGGCAAGGGUUCUCAUAGUGAUAUUACUAUGUUACCAACACUUGUAAUCAACAAUAGACAAUACAGAGGGAAACUUGAAAAAGGAGCAGUUCUUAGAGCUCUCUGCACCAGCUUCCAAGAAAAUAAUAAACCAUCUGUUUGCUCAAAUGAAGAAGAAGACAUACAAACCAAUCAAUGCUUGGACAACAAUGGCGGUUGUUGGCAAGAUAUGGCUGCUAACGUGACUGCGUGCAAGGACACCUCCACUGGAACAGUUUGUGAAUGUCCAGUUUUGCAAGGUGUGAAGUACAUUGGUGAUGGUUACAACGACUGCAAAGCUCCCAUGUAUCAAGAUUGGCAGCCGAUCAAGAUCCGUAAUACCCAUACAUAUUCUUCUUAUUUAACAGAGGUUGUCCAUAAGGCCAUUUACAACCUCUUUGCAGGAAUAUUUGCGGCACAUAAGGUGUUCUAA